CGGCGGGAGGCCUCUGGGCGGUGCAGCCGCCGCGGCGGAUUGGAGCGGGAAAGACGCGGAAUCCGUGAACUGCCUGUGGCCCCAAGGGCGCAGGUGAUGGGGUUAGGUCGGUGGAGGGAGCCCGGAGUUUAGGGAAAAACGGAGGGUCGGGCUGGGGCCUUCGAAGAAGGCGCUGCCCCGUACCCCCAAUCCUCACUGUUCGGGCCAGAGACCAUCGUUGGGCCUCAGUUUCCCCAAACGGGAAAUGGGAGGAGGAGAAUGGGCACCCGAGCCCAAUGGCCCCUCUCAGUCACUGAGGCCCAAGACUUUCUCUCCUCUGCAGCUCCUGGACUGACCGGCGGUGUCCUGCCCCAUGGACGCCUCCUCUAGCCUGUGGAAUCCAACCCCGGCUCCCGUCAGCGGCCCCUCGCUGCUGCUCCCCAUCCCGGCCAUCGUCGUGCUCUCCGUGGGCAUCUAUCUGUUGCUGUUGGGUCUUGUGCUGCUGACCAGGCACUGCCUGCUGGCCCAGGGCUGCUGCACAGACUGCAGCUCCCCCUGCAGGAAGCAAGGCGCCUCCAGGCCCCAAGACUGUUGCCAGACCUGCGCCGAAGCCUGUGACUUCCCCCUGCCCAGCCCAGCCCGCUACUUGGAUGCCUGCUGCCCCCAGCCCGCCGAAGCUGACUGGGCCCCUCGCUGCCCUCGCUGCUGCCCGCUCUGCGACUGUGCCUGUGCGUGCCAACUUCCUGACUGCCAGAGCCUCAACUGCCUCUGCUUUGAGAUCAAGCUCCGAUGACGAUCCAGGGUCCCUGCUCUUUGGGGAGCGGCCAGCCCCCAGGGCCCACAGGCCCUGUUCCCUGAGGGGACUCAGGACACCUUUCUCCAGGCCAUUGGAACCACAAAUGGCCUGCCCAGCUCACCGACCUGGGAACCAGCAGUGGAGAGCCUGGCUCCCUGAAGAGCGGGACUCACAGAGCCCUUGGCCAGCAGGACGGCAGCCCCUUGGCAGGGCCAGAAGAGAGAGGGGCUGGUGCUCCAGCAGGUCCCCCUGCCCUUGACUCCCCCUCCCCAAGUAACUGAUCAUAUUUGAAGAUCGCUGUCCAGAGAUUUAUUUCUCUUGACAGCCUGUUGAGGGCCUCAGUCUGGAUGUCCAAGGAAGAAAUCUCUGAAGUACCGGUGAGUGGGCAGGGGGCCCUCCCCGCUACCCCCAAAAUAGGCAGGCCCACAAGCUUCUUCCCCAUCCUUCA